GUGAGAAAGAAAAAAAACAAGCUAUAACGACCUUGCGGUGCAUGCAAAUGCAAGCUCUGGUUCGAGAACACUGAGAUGGAAGCCUUUUAAACUUCAUAGAAAAUAAAUUUGUCAUUUUUGUUGAAUACCACGUGUACUUUCUCUGUGUCCGGAGCUGUCUAAUUUAUUUAUUUUUUUGUUUUUAUUUAUUUGAAAGCGUAUAGCCAGUAGAAUCAUGAUUAGCCACUACACUAGCCUCCUGUAGAAGAGCGGGAAAAAACAUCGGUGGAAACGCAAAGAAGCUAGAAAGAACCAAAACAGCAAGACUACGGCGUUCUUUCCGCCUUCAAUCCUCGUCGUCCAAAAUUUUAAAAACCAGAAUAACCCCACUCUCUUCCUUGCAUGUCAAAUAGCUCUUAACUAUAACUCAUCUUCCCCCAUGGCCGAUACUUUUUCAGUGCAGCUGCCUCCUUCUGUGGAGCAACUUAUUGCUGAAAUCUGCACGAAGCAGCAACAACCGCGUCUUGGAAAUCAAGCGCGGCGGGAGCUAGCUUCAAUUGGAGAAGACGAGGCUCUGGAAAUACUCCGUACGAUUUCUUCCACCGAGAUUAAAAAAACUUUCGACGGCUUUGUUUUUUAUUUGGUUAAAAAGUGGGCAACCAAUAAUGGUUCUCCUGGUAAACGCCUUUGUUUGUCCCCACAGUCGCCGCAGCAGUCGAGUCGCAGUCCCACAACUACUCGACUAAUGAUGCCCGCUCGUUGUGAAUCUGUUUUUCAAUCUCCAGUGCAUUUGGAAAGUAGAUUCAGUUCUGCGAGUUCGAGUGCAGCGGUAAUUAGCCCACAGUUGGAGGCCUUGGGCGAGCUCGAAUUUAGAAAAGCAUUUCUUAUAUUAAGUUAUAUGGGCGGUUAUAAACUGGAGAAUGUGAUAUCUGCGGAGAAGAUUCGUGGGAUAAAAGAUUUGCCGAUGGACAAAUUUGAAAUUGAAGUUUGGAACUCCAUAGGCUUUAAAUGUGGCUAUGUCAAAGACAACGAACGCCCGAGGUAUUUUGUUUGGGAUUGCGGCAUAACGCACAUAUACCACUGCCAUGUUUAUGCAGAUGGAACUUACAGGUUCAAGGGUCCCCAUCUUACCACAUUGAGCAAUUUCCUUCAAAGGGCAUUAGGAGAUGAUAAUGUCUUGAUGGUCAAGUUUGCAGAAGAGGAAACUGAAGAGAGAAGUUCAGCAAGUAGCUCGGUUCAUUACUAUGCUAAUUACAAGAAAUUAGCUAUAGAAGGGGUUCUUGUUGGUUUGCGUCGUUACCGCUUUUUCGUGUUCAAGGAUGGAGGCAAAGAAGCAAAGAAGAAAGAUCCAACUACUUCACCUGUGAAGUGCUUUUUUGUUCGGACAGAGUCUAAUGCAUCUAGCGACAGUCCAGAUUAUAUUUUACAUGGGAAAACAAUUGGAGAAGCUAGAUCUAUGUUCAUGAAUGUAAACAAAUUGCUGCCCAGUUUGUCCAAAUAUAUGGCUAGACUAAGUCUCGUUUUGUCAAAGACGCUGAAGCUAGAUGUUGAUUUAUCAGGCGUAAAUAUUGAAAAAAUUGAUGAUAUACAGUGCCGGGAUAAUAAUGGUAAUGUUCUUGAAGAUAAAGAUGGAAAACCUCGCAUCCAUACUGAUGGGACUGGGUUUAUAUCAGAGGACUUGGCUAGUAAAUGCCCAAAGAAUGUAUUCAAAGGCAAAUCCAAUAAUGCUAGCAACAUAGAGGGGUUACUUGAUUGCAUUGAAUCCAGGAAACUUCCAGAAACAAAAAUUCCAGAACCUCGUAAUGGAGAAUUGCCCUUGCUUAUUCAGUUUCGCAUGUUCAACAAUGGUGGUGCUUACAAAGGAACUUUCCUUGUUAAUAAGAAGCUUCCCUCUGGAACCAUCCAAGUUCGACCUUCAAUGACCAAAGUUGAUCCUGAUGCAGAGCCCAAAGCUUGCUCCCAGAAUUCACUGGAGAUUGUUUCAACAAGCAAUCGGCCAAAGAGAGCAUAUCUGUCGAGGUAUCUAAUUCCACUUCUUCGCGCUGGUGGGGUUCCAGAAGAGUUUUUUAUGGAUUUGUUGAAGAAUGCUUUGGAAGACACACAAGGUGCCCUCACAAAGAAGCAUGCAGCCUUACGAGUGACCAUUGUCAACGGUGAGAUGGAUGAUUACACUUUGGCAAAAAUGCUUCUUUCGGGGAUUCCUUUGGAAGAACCAUUUGUCCAACAUCACCUGCGCAUAUUGAUGAAGGAAGAGAAGAAAAACCUUAGAGGGGGACGUAUACCCAUCCCUGAAUCAUAUUAUUUAAUGGGAACAGCUGAUCCCACUGGGCGUCUAGAGAGUGAUGAAGUUUGCGUAAUAUUAGAUAAUGGUCAGAUUUCGGGGAAAGUGUUAGUGUAUCGAAAUCCUGGUCUGCAUUUUGGAGAUGUACAUAUUCUAAAUGCAACAUAUGUGAAGGAUUUGGAAGAUUUUGUAGGAAAUGCAAAGUAUGGUAUAUUCUUCCCUUGUAGAGGACCUCGGUCAUUAGCAGAUGAGAUGGCAGGAGGUGACUUUGAUGGUGACACAUACUUUGUAUCAAGAAAUCCUGAGCUGUUGGAGAAAUUCAAACAAAGUCAACCUUUCAUACCCCUGUCUUCAACUGAUGAUAUGCCUAACAAGCAACCAUGUAAAUUUUCUGAGAUGGAGCUGGAGGAUGAGCUAUUCAAAUUAUUUUUGACAGCUAGAUUCCAGCCAAACCAUGCUGCGGGUGUGGCAGCUGAUAGUUGGUCAGCAUUAAUGGAUAGGUAUCUAACAUUGGAAGAUGAUAGAAGUGAUGAAAGAGACCACAUGAAGAGGAAUAUGGUUGAGUUAAUUGAUAAAUAUUAUGAUGCUCUAGAUGCACCAAAGAAAGGUGGAAAAAAGAUUUUUAUCCCAGAAGAAUUGAAGGCAGAGUUGUUCCCACAUCAUAUGGAAAGGGAAAAAGAGAUUUCUUACACAUCUACAUCAAUUCUGGGAUUAAUUUAUGACAAGGUCAAAUCAUUUGAAGAAGCAGAUCCACCAGAAAUUGAAGUUUGGAAACUCCCUUCUUUCAACGACAGAGUCUCAGAGCCAUGCCUGGAGAAAUGGAAGACGCUUCAUAAUCAGUACAGGCAAGAGAUGACAAUUGCUCUAAAGAACAAAGAGACCAAAGAUAAGACUGCUAAGGAAGUCUACAAAAAAUAUAAGGAGAUAUUAUAUGAAGCUGCAGAAUUUGAGGAGAGCAAGAGGAAGGAGGAUGACAUAUUUGAAGAGGCUCUUGCUAUUUAUGAGGUUUGUUAUAACCAUGCCAUAACCAAACAAGCUGAAAAAAGGCCUGGAGCUGCUGCGGAAAAAAAGCCUCCUGCUGGCUAUUGUGGGUUCGCUUGGAAGGUAGCAGGGCAGGCCCUUUGCAAACUGUACUCAAGGAAACAGGCCAACUGUGAAAAGACAAUGAUGAUAUACACGACGCCGUCUGCUCUGAAGGAGUUAUUAUAGGAUAUUAUAUAGUUUAAAGAAUGGUGGUAUAUAUUAUAAUGUAGUGCUUAUAGGUUAAAUUAAGUAAUGGAUGUAUAAUGUGCAAUGUAUAUCUAUAGUGAAGCCCAUGGUUAUGGUCUCAUUAGCAUUAGUUAAAUGUUUUAGGACUGCUAGAAGUAAGCACGGGCGUCCCAAAAUAGGUCAAGGGUCUAAGUAGGUACAGGGAGAAUAUGAACAAUGUCAUGUUUGCUGGCUCUUAUUGAAUUAUUGAUGGUCAUUAUGGGUAUCAUCCACGUAUUAAACAGUGAUUAGAAUGGAUAGUGAGGAUUAGGUUUGGUCCAAAUACGGAACAAAGAAUAUACAUAACUAGAUAAUUGAUAAUUUUGAAA